GAAUCAAGAUGCUCCCGCUCGAAUGUUGCUGGAUCCUCGCUCGGAUUCGGCGUACGGGGAGGCGAAUCCAGGACGGCGGGCGGCGACGCCCUCCCUCAUCAAGCCGCCGUACUCGCCUGCCCACCGUACUACUCCGCUCUCGAGCCUCCUUCCCGAUCCGUUCCAGCUCGUGGCGGCAAGCAGUUACUAGCCGUUGCGGCGUCGGCGUCGCACGGCGGCGGAAUCGCAGCCCAGAUCCCCAUUUAUGGCGGCGCCCCUUCUCAUUGCUCUCUCUCUCUCUCUUUUAUAUAAAAUCGCGCCCGUCUCCAGUGUCGGCGGGUGGCAUUUAUUGCUCAGGCCAUGGGCGCGUUCCUUGUGAUGCACAUAGCCCAAUCCCCCGCUCAUGUGAUCUGCUCCUAGCUCAUUGAAUCAACGGUGUGCCGUGCAAUUAAGCACGCACGGAUGUACCUCUAGGGUUCUUGAUGUGAGAGUAACCAGCCUGUCUCCUCCAGCUACCCCUGUUUGUAGUGCGUGAGUGCCUUGGCUAUUUACUGGAGUCACUACUGCUACCUUGCCAAGUGAUAUUCGGUGUAAACUCGGUCAUGUGUUCAGUUUCCACUUGAGUGAGUUACCCUUCCCGGUUGCAAUGCCAGUAUGCCACUGCCAUUCAUAGCAUGAGCAAUAGAUCCUGGUUUCAGAAGAUGCAUAUACCGAGACAUCUACAAGCUCACCUUCUGAGCAAGAAUCCUCUUAGUUGCCACCAUAGUCUGAAAAAAGAUGUUUCAAGCCCCAACUCUGUCCUGGAGCCACAUAGUGGAGAGCUCCACAAGGUACAUCUUCGUCUUUCCUCCGGUGUGGAGGGUGCAACAAAAUGGGAGCCUAUAAACAUAAAGAGCAUAGAACCAGAUGGUGCCUAUGUGAUUGCUAGCCAACUAAAUCUCGUUGAGGAGCAAGGGGGCAGCUAUGUUGCUAGCCUUGAGUUGGAGCUUCAGCAGGCACGGGAUAGGGUGAGCAAGCUAGAAGCUGAGCGGCUUUCAGCCAAGAAGCAACUUGAUCACUUGUUCAAGAAACUCACAGAGGAGAAAGCAGCUUGGCGGAACAGAGAGCACAAGAAAGUUCGAGCCAUUCUUGAAGAUAUGAAGGCUGAUCUCGAGCAUGAGAAAAAGAACCGGAGGCAGUUGGAGACUAUUAACUUCAAGCUUGUUGAUGAGUUGAAAGAGGUCAAAAUGGCCGCAAAGCAGCUAUUGCAGGAGUAUGACAAUGAGCAGAAGACACGGGAACUCACAGAGGAGGUGUGCAACAAGCUAGUGAGGGAGAUAGAGGAACACAAGUCAGAGAUCGAAGCCUUGAAACAGGAUUCUGUCAAACUGCGGGGUGAGCUGGAUGAGGAUAGGAAAUUGCUACAGAUGGCUGAGGUGUGGCGUGAGGAGCGAGUGCAGAUGAAACUUGUCGAUGCCAAGCUCACUCUUGAGGCCAAAUAUGAACAGUUGAGCAAACUGCAGGAGGAUGUGGAGGCUUGCAUUUCGACUUUUAGCUCUUCCAAAGGAGACAGCACAAUUGUUGAAGCGGCACACAACAUUGUACAGGCCAUUGAGUCGGCCAGAGACCAAGAGGUUGAAUUCACGUAUGAGCCUCCAAGAGCAUCAGAAGAUAUAUUGGCCAUCUUUGAAGAGCUACGCCCAAGUGAAGAGAUGGAGACAAAGGAAACUGAACCAUGCCUGAAGCAAGAAAUCCAAGAAGCUAGCCCAACAGCUGAUAUAUUUCUGGAAAAUCGGGACAAAUUGUUCCCAGAUGAAAUACAUUCUGAUGAGAGUGAUACAGAAGACGGAAGCAGCUGGGAGACUAUGAGCCAUGAAGAGAUGCAUGGUUCAAGCCACUCACCAUAUGGAAGCGAACCUUCAGUCAACAAGAUCUUUGACAGAAUUUCAUGGACCAGUGGAAACGAUUCUGAGGGUGAGCAGACCAACAAACUGUGUGAUGACUUGAGCAAUUUGUACCUGACGGACAUGAAACAGUCCAAGAAGAAAGAGUCUGCCAUAUCAAAGCUGUGGAAGUCAUCUCCACUGAAAAACUGUGAACUCCGUACAAAAGAUGUUCCGGAGAUGACAAAUGCGAGAUUAUCAAGUGCAAGUCUUCCAAAUGGUGUGUACUCUACCACCAGAGGCUCAAAUCUAGAUAUGGGAGACAGCACCCCUAGCACAGCGCAAUGGAGCUCACCGGACUCAAUGAACAGCCAGCUCAAUCGGGGUUUCAGAGGCUGCAUGGAGAUGGUUCAGAGGCAGAGCCUGAAGGCAAAGCUCCUAGAAGCUCGGAUGGAGAGCCAGAAGAUUCAGCUCCGUCAUGUGCUCAACCAGAAAACCUAAGUUAGAACCUCACUCUGCGGCAAUAAAUAAAAUUCCAAGCAUUGGAUCUAUUUCAUUUCCCUUGUCCAUUGUAGUAUGUAGCUUAGUCUCAUGUGCUUCUGCUUCAUAUCAUAGAACUAUAUAGCUAGCUGUAGCCUUGUAGGCUGACCCGGCCAUGGUUGAUGCAUCUGUCUAAACAAGAAGCACCGUUCAGACUAACUGUACCAGUAAUGUAGCAGCAAACCAGAAGCAUUGUUCAGACAAAAUGUACCACUGGCAGUGAAGAAUUGUAAAACCUCUGAGAAUGUGUUUUCAUUUGAAGCGAACAAGAUACUCCGAAA